UGUCGAUCCAGUUGAUAGUUAAAUAACUAAACACCGAAAUGACUAAAUCUCUCACAAGUCUCCUCAGUCACCACUACUCACCACCAAGCGAGUCAAGGGGUUUUCUCGUCUUCUUCCUAUCUUCUUCUUCUUUGUUUUUGUAAUCAUCAUUUGAUUCAAAAAUGGCGCCAGUUUCAGCUCUAGCGAAAUACAAGCUGGUAUUCUUGGGUGACCAAUCCGUUGGCAAAACCAGCAUCAUCACUCGCUUCAUGUACGAUAAGUUCGACAAUACGUAUCAGGCAACAAUUGGCAUUGAUUUUCUAUCGAAAACCAUGUAUCUUGAAGAUCGAACUAUUCGACUACAGUUGUGGGAUACAGCUGGACAAGAAAGAUUUAGAAGUCUUAUUCCAAGCUACAUCAGGGACUCAACUGUAGCUGUUGUUGUGUAUGAUGUUGCGAGUCGGCAGACUUUCCUGAACACAACAAAUUGGAUUGAAGAGGUGCGAACAGAAAGAGGCAGUGAUGUCAUUAUUGUUCUUGUUGGGAACAAAACUGAUCUCGUUGAGAAGAGACAAGUCUCCAUAGAGGAAGGGGAAGCAAAAGCACGAGAGCUGAAUGUCAUGUAUAUUGAAACUAGUGCUAAAGCUGGAUUUAAUAUUAAGGCCCUUUUUCGGAAAAUUGCUGCUGCAUUACCUGGAAUGGAAACAGUAUCUUCUGCAAAACAAGAGGGCAUGGUUGAUGUAAACUUAAAGUCUUCAUCUGGCAAUGCUCAAGCUCAGUCAAGUGGAUGUUCUUGUUGAACAUGCUUUAUCUCUUACUCGUGCUGCCGUGCACCAUUCUGUGUCAUGCUUGUUGUAAAAUUUUCAAACUUGACAUUAAAUUAUGUUCAUUUUGUUAGUUGUCCUUAAGUCUUAGCUCAACUGGCAAUGCCAAUAUUGCUAGGCUGGACGUCUUCACUCGGGUUCGAACCCGAACCUCACAGUGUCUUUGAGUUUCGGUGGUAUUUCCCACUUCAUUUAUGGACCCAAUUUUUUUAUUGUUGAUGUGAACCUAACAAUCUUCUGGUGGCCAUGAAUUUCAACCUCACUCUGGUGGAUGUGAUGUUCUUGCUGAAUGUGCCUUAUCACGAUCACGAUGUUCGUGGAUAUUUAUGAUUUAUUUUAUUUGCUUUGAACUGUAUUAAUACUAAAAUGUUGUAAUUGUCUGGUGGAUGUUCUUGCCGAAUCAUGAUUCAUGAUAGAAGUUCUCUUUCUUUUCUCUA